AAUCAAACAAAUUUUUUUAGUAUUGGGAAGGGAACUGAAGGCUUUUCCUCUCUCUCUCUCUCCUCACUCUGUCUGCGUCCGCCCCUCGUCUUCUCUUCGUCUCAAACCCCUCCCUUCUUGCAUCUUUGCAGUUCUGUUCUGCUACUUGAAUUUGAAUAUGGCGUCCAAGAGAUCUAAAUAUCUACUUAACCACCACAAGUCACCUCCACAACAACAACAACCACUCCAACGAUCGGACGCCGGAGCCGAUUCCGAUGCCAAAUCCAAUUCCGAUUCCGAUUCCGCAACCGAAGACGAUGUCUCCACCCCCGUCGCCGCCGCCGCCACCGCUGCUUCGACAGUCACCCCGAAGAAACCGAGAUUCACGCCGACCCUUCCGGAGCCAGGAUCCGGACCCGGAGGGGACGGGUCGGAGUGCUCCUCCCCAUCCGCGUCCGCCUUCAUCGUUAUGCCCUCUUCCACCUCCUCGCGUCCCCUCGACAAGACGAAGAUGCGGAAGAGCGCCGGCGGCAUGAAGAAGUUCACCGAGGAGGAGGAGAUUGCGCUGCUCAAAGGUCUCGCCGCAUUUUGGGCCAACGGAAGGAACAACAAGUGGACCGAGUUUCAUCUCUUCAUCAAAGACGAUCUUCCCCGCGAAUUCACUAAGAUUCAGGUCUCGGAGAAGAUUCGAGGCCUCAAGAGGAAGUACGACACCAAUUUAGAGAAGGCUCGAGCCAAUGGAGGACACCUUGACUUCCCCGACCACCAUGAAUCUGCUCUGUUUGAGCUUUCGAAAACACUGUGGGGAGAUGAGGAACCCGCUGAAAAUGGCCAGGUUGAAGAGAAGAAGCCAUUAGUUAAGAAAGAGCAAAAAGCCAUAGCUCCCAAGAAGAUAAAGAAGAAUGCUGAGGAGGAGGAUAAUGGAGAUGAAGAGAAGAAGAUACUGAAGAAGCACAAACAGCAGACGGAAGAGGAGUUCAAAUUGGCGUAUCCUUUGUUGUAUAUGUCGUUUAAUGCAAUGGGUUAUCCCAAAUUCUUCAAGAACAGCUUCCAUUUGAUAGAUAGGGAGAAGGCACAGGAAUUGGAGGAGAAGUGGAGGGAAUUGAAUGCCGAGGAGCUUCGUUUGGAGAACAAAAGGAUUGAAUUGACUAAGAGGGAUUUGCUUAAUCAUUCCCUCUUAAGCAAGUGAAGAUCAGGAUCGAUCCUUGUGUGCUUUGUAAACAGUUUUGUUUAUGGCUCGAAAGUACUCGGACUGAUUGCACUGAUGGGUGGGAUGGGCUCAAAUUUUGCUCUGCAACUCGGUGUAUCAAUUACUAGUAUGACAAAUAUAUAUAUUUAUAUAUCAAUUGAACCAGAUCAGAAUUUGGAACAUAUUAUGAUCAAGUCGGCUGAAUGAAUAUUUACAUGGCUUUGUUUGUAAAGCUUGAAAAUGCUAACAUAUAUAUAUAUAUAUAUAUGUUGCUAUAUUUCUGUGUCUGAGUUAUGUCAAUUAAACAUUAUGUAUGGUAGUAGAUGCAGUCAAUUUUGUUUGAUUGUA